GGCAGGCGUUGAGCAGAGCCGCCGGAGGAAUGGACGAAGAGAGCCUCCUAUUGUCUCUGGAGCUGGCGUCCGGUAGUGGGCAGGGCCUCAGCCCGGACCGUCGGGCCUCACUGCUCACUUCCCUUAUGCUGGUUAAACGCGACUACCGUUUCGAUCGGGUCCUUUUCUGGGGCCGCAUCCUCGGCCUCGUCGACGAUUACUACAUCGCGCAGGGCCUGAGCGAGGACCAGCUCGCACCGCGCAAGACCCUGUACAGCCUGAACUGCAUGGAAUGGAGCCUCCUGCCCCCUGCCACAGAGGAGAUGGAGAUGCAGACGUCUGUGGUGAAGGGCCGCUUCAUGGGGGACCCCUCACAUGCGUAUGAACACACCGAGCUGCAGAAGGUCCAGAUCAAGGAAGAGACCCGCUUGGUGUCCAUCAUUGACCAGAUCGACAAGGCUGUGGCUGUCAUCCCCCGAGGUGCCCUCUUUAAGACCCCUUUUGGACCCAUCCGUGUCAAUCGGACCUUUGAAGGACUGUCCUUGUCUGAAGCCAAGAAGCUCAGUUCCUACUUCCACUUCAGGGAGCCUGCUGAGCUGAAGAACAAGACCUUGCUUGAGAAGGCUGACCUGGACCCCUCCCUGGACUUCAUGGACUCCUUGGAGCAUGACAUCCCCAAAGGGUCCUGGAGCAUCCAGAUGGAGAGAGGCAACACCCUGGUGGUGCUGCGCAGCCUGCUCUGGCCAGGUCUCACCUUCUACCACGCUCCUCGCACCAAGAACUAUGGCUACAUCUACGUGGGCACUGGCGAGAAGAACAUCGACCUGCCGUUCAUGCUGUAGGAGGGCUGCCUGGGGAGUCUGGAGAGUCUAAACAGUAUUUUCAUAAAGUCCAGUGAAUUUGGUCUGUUUGUUCUGCGCUGCUGCCUCCCCUCAUCUCCACCUCCAUCUGGUGUCCAGGCUGAGGAGAGGCCCAGCUCAAAUAGAGCAAGUGGCAGAGGGUUGGAAUGUGCUAACGAGAGAGAAAGGUGGGAGGAAAUGGCAGGGGGGAGGUGACAGCCAGGAGCCCUCUGAGGAGGGCAGCUUCCUGGACUCAGAUGAGAGC